AUGUAUGCUGAUGCGGUUUUCAUCGUUUGUAUCGCCACUUUUACGGCUCUUCUUGGUGAAGGGCUGACUUAUCUGAUGGUAUACAGAUCUGAAGAGUACAAACGACUGAAGGUAAGAGGUAAUUCUAGCAAAAAAUACGUUUUUAGUUGUUAAUGGAGAGGAAGACCAAGAGGUUGGAGAAGAAGAAGGAAAUAACGGAAUCAGCAGCCAGUAGAACAGUCAAGAAGAAGAUCGAGAGGGAAGAGGAGCGAUUGAAGACUACCAACCGGGACUUGUCUAUGUUCAGAAUGAAGUCCAUGAUGGCUAUUGGUUUGGUUUUCACCGCUCUUCUCUCUGCUUUCUCGUCCAUGUUUGAGGGCCGAGUUGUGGCCAAGCUUCCAUUUGAACCAAUCUCUUGGGUCCAAGGUCUUUCGCACAGAAAUCUGGUCGGAGAAGAUUAUACAGAUUGUUCCUUUAUCUUUCUCUACAUAUUGUGCACCAUGAGUAUCCGGCAGAAUCUUCAGAAACUCCUCGGUUUCUCUCCAUCUCGUGCAGUCUCUCGUCAAGUCCAGGGUCAAGGAUUCUUCGGCCAAAACCCAGGUCAGAAUCAAUUCUCUUAUCUCCGUUAA